AUGGCUUCCACCAUUCCUUUUAUUCUCGACGUCCCGACGUUACUCUGCAUCGGCUUUGCUCUAUCGUUCAUGCCUAUCGCCUAUCUGCUUAGCAGAUCACUGAUACCGUCUUCUCAAACGCGCAACCGGAUACUCUUUUACUGGCACGCCUACGAUGCCCUGACCCACGUCUUCAUCGAAGGAUCGUUCCUGUACGAGUGCUUCUAUAGCUACGCAACACUCCCUGCCGGAGUCAGCAAAGAGCCAUACUUCCUAGGCUACAAGGACCGCGUAUACGGCGCAGCCUACGGAACGGGACCAAGCGCUCGACUAUGGCAGGAAUACGCGAAAGCAGACCGUCGCUGGGCCGUCGCAGACGCUCCCACCAUCUCUAUUGAGCUGUUGACUGUAUUUUUUGGCGGCCCGGCUGCCGUGUAUGUGUGCUACUUGCUCUGGAAAGCAUCGGGCAGCCGGUCGACUGCGUCGGCAAAGGGCGCAGCUAAGGCGAGAUUGUGGCUUGUUGCGCCCGCGCUGGCGACGGCUGAGCUGUACGGGGGGUUUAUGACGUUUGCGCCUGAAUGGCUGACUGGGAGUUCCCAGCUGGAUACCAGCAAUCCUGUGUACCUCUGGUUUUACCUCUUCUUCUUGAACACCUUGUGGGUGUGGAUUCCGCUCUGGGUGCUCUGGGAGGCGGCGAAAGAACUGCGAGCAGCUUUUGUGACGGCAGAGAAAGCUGGUGAGGGCCGGAAGACCAGGUGA